AUGUAACAGAAUGGAAACCAACUUCUCACGCUGCUCUGGCUUACCGAUAUGAGGAAGGGAGAAUGGUGGAGAAGAAUGAGAGGCCAGUGAGACACAGUGAGACACACCCUGUCUCUACACAUAAUGUCUCUACUCUUGAAGAGAGGCAGGAAGAGAGCGGGGGUAGCAGGAGAAAGCUAACUCGACAAGUCACCAGCAAACUACUCCAACUCAAGUCAUCUCGGGAGGAAGUGCAGAAGAGAACGUUCCAGAAGUGGGUGAACAUGUACCUAAAACCACGUGGUACCCACGUGACAGACCUGUUCACUGAUCUGAAGGAUGGUGUGUUGUUGUUGCAGCUCCUAGAGCAGCUCUCCAGCGAGAAACUGGGUAGAUCACGAUGUGUAGAUGAGAAACUGAGAGCUCUGGAGAAUGUUGGUAUGGCUCUUACAUUCCUCCACAGCAAGGGGCUAAAAACAGUUAACAUAGACGCUACCAAUAUAACGUCUGGGGAUUCUACUCUCACUUUAGGCAUGCUCUGGAUCAUCAUUCUCAAGUUCCAGAUACAUGGUAUGAGUAAUGGAGACCCCAACACCAACCCUGCUACCUCUGAUUCUCCCUGUAGAGUUCUAGGUGGGAAAGGAAGGAGUUUAAUUGAAGAGGUGAUGCAUGAAAUAAAGGAUAUAAGACAUUUGAACACUGGAAGUACAUUACAGCAGCAGUUAAGAGGCUGGCUACAAGAAACUCUGGGAACUACCGAGCAGUUCAACUUCUCUACUAGCUGGAAUAAUGGCAUACUUCUCUGCAGACUCCUUCACGCUUACAGGCCUGACAAAGUAGUGAUGGCUAGUGUAAGUAAGAUGUCGCCAGUAGAGAGAGUACAACAUGCUCUCAACGUGGCUAAGAGUUGCUUCUCUGUGGAACCUCUUCUCAUGCCGCACGAUGUAGCUACUAGUAUCCCUGAUGAGAGAGUAGUGUUAGUGUACUUGUCUGUACUGAAGAGUGUACUCCUGGGUAAACACACUGCCAGACAGAGAGCGGCUCACUUUAUGGAGCUACAGGAGAGAUCACGUGUUAUGAUGGGAGAACUAGAAGAAGCUCAGGAGCAUUGUGUUGAGGAAAUGGCAGGAGAGUGGAGGAAACUCAGAGAUACACUCCACUCAGAGCAACCUCCACAGGGCCUUAACGAGGUGUUCCUGGUGUCGUCACGACAGUUAGCUUCACAGUACGAUAAGAGCAACAAAGCAGCCCAGAAGAAACUACACACAUACGCUACCGAGCUGCAAGAGUUGGAUAAGUUCGAGAAGGAGAUUAAGAGAUUAAAACAUCUAGCUAGCUACGUUCACUCUUACAGAGACAGUCUUGCCAAAGUAGUGAGUUUUACUUUAUUUGUUACUACUUUAGUCUUUACUUGA